AUGCCGUAUAGAGUUGAGUCCGUUCACAUACACCCGCAAUAUAAUGGAGAAAGAGUAGGAAUAAAUGGAUAUCACAAUGAUAUUGUUGUUUACACGCUUGAAGAGAACAUCGUAUUCAAUGAAUAUCAAAAUAAGAUAAGUCUUCCAGUGAAAAAUGUCGGGCCCGCAACGAAAGUUGUAGUAAGUGGCUGGGGUAUAACAUUCUAUCCAACGAAAAGGAUCCCAGAACAAAUUCAAAAACUUUCAUUAAUAGCGAUGGAUCCAGCCAACUGCUAUAAGAAAUUCAACAUAAGUAUUGUUGCCGAUGAAAUAUGCACAUUCACAAAAGGAGCUGGUGUAUGCAAUGGCGAUAGUGGUGGUCCAGUGGUCAGACAUGAUAAACUCGUGGGUAUCGUAUCGCAUGGUUUUCCCUGUGUCAUGGGAAUGCCCGAUAUACAUACAAAUAUUUAA